UGCAACGCUCACUUGAAGAAGAAGCAACGUACGCGGGCCCGCGGCAGUCACUUGAACUGUGGAUAUUUGAAAAAAUAAUUCCCCGAUAUUUCGAUACAUAUACUCUUGAUAAAUUACCAACAACCCCGAUUCAAAUAAAACGUUCGUCGGGAAGGUUGUGCGCGUUUACGUUACACUACGGUUUGGCGGACCAAUAAUACGCUUUUUUUUCGACUCCAUUAAUUGGCACUGCGGCGCUCAUAACCGACUGACAUCCACCCACCUCACCCGGGCGCAGCCUGGCAUGACGAGAGUCACCAUCCAGCCACACCAGCGACACACAAUCAGCAAGAUGAGUUCCCGCAGCAGUUUGUUCAGCUUUUGCCUCCUCCUGGCCCUGAUCAUGAGCCCAGCCAACGCCACCGUGCACUCGGUGCUCACCCACAAGAACUCCUCCUCGAUGCUGGGCCAGCUGGUCACCUCCAGCACCCUGGUCUGGGAGAGCUACGACCCGAACGACACCGAACAGCUGGAGUUUGCCGUCGAGGGCGGCAAGUACAUCACCGAGGACGAGCACUAUCCUAUCUACGUCUGCCGGGUGCCUAUCGACGGGUUCCAGGUGGCGGGCCAGACCGAGAAGGUCCUCCAGCGCCACGUCUGUGUGGCGGCCCACUACAAGCACGGCAAGUACGACAACUUCGACGUGCUGAUGAACAAGGGCCACCUGGGCAAGGUGGGGUGGCGGCACUGGCGCAAGUUCGACGUGGGAGUGCCAGUGGGCGCCAUCCGUAUCGGAGACGACGCCUACAUCGGCCGCCACCGGACUCCGGGACAGCAGAACAAGGGAGCGGACUUCAAUCUCGGCCACUUGGAGUUCGUGGGCCUGGGCAAGAUCCGGGUAAUUGAGAACGACCGGGAGAAGUACUACGACGACGGUGAGCUCCUGGUCGAGACGGAGCCGUUCCGCUACGAGCUGCGGGACAUCAAGCUCGAACGCAUUUUCACCGAGAUGCGCGAUAACCAGACGGAGUUGGCCACCCGGAAGCUGGAGAACCUGGGCGACAAGUACAGCACCGUGGAAACCGUUCUGAGCUACAGCUUCGACUACAGCCAGUACUGGGGAUCCCACGACGGAGUGGCCAGAGGCUUCCCCACCAAGAUAUUCGAGAUGAAUGUGAGCACGCCGGCGGAGAUCAAUUGGGCGCUGAAGCACACCGAGGUGCGGACGGAAAACAAGGCGGUGCACACGAAGCUCUGGCCUGGCACGGCCAUCAACGUCACCCUGCGUGGCAACUAUGUCACCCUGGAGGCGCCCUAUACCGGCAAGCUCUACGCCUUCUACUACGGCAGCGACGAGAUUGUUUCCCGGAAGAUCCGUGCAGAUGUUCGCAAGAGCUACUUGAAGGACGUGAAGCUGGAGUUCAGCCCGGUAUACUGGAUCGAAAACGGCACGCUGGUGCCAACAACAACGACCACAACGACAACGACUACGUCCACAUCGACCACGACGCACGCCACCACCACCAGCACCCACGAGCCCACGCCCAUCCACGAGCCGCCACUAGUCCACAUGCAGGACAAGGGGGUGCAACACUCGGGCCCCGACACGCUGGAGAAGACGCUGCACGACUCGCCGUCCAGCAACGAGAUCAACUCCCACGAAGCCCCCGAGAACAUGUCCUCGAAGUCCGGCAAGGAUGUAGCGCUAGCCGGAUUCGGGGUGAACACGGCCGCGGGAACGGUGGCGGGCUCCGUCCUCAUGACGCUGCUGGCGGUGGCCCUGAGUCUGUAGAGUCUGUAGAGAGAUGGGCCUGAGCCGACCGCCGGACUUAGCAUAGCGUUUAAUUGUUGUUGUUGUACCUGUUGUACCCGUCUUUGAGAGAAGGAGGAUAUGCGCAGCUAGAUACAUAUAAAGCCCCCCUAGAAAUCGGGACGAAUUUUUCGGUGUAACAUUUGGAAAGAAAAAGAAAAAAGUUGAUAUUUUUGUACUCGUCCCCAAUGGCUACGCGCAUUCAGAAGUGGCAGGAGCGGAAAGGAUAAAGGAUCAAGAUCAAGAUAAUUACGUAAUACAUUCCUAACUAAACCCUCACAAACGGAAAUGAAUCAAAAGCAUAAGUUAAAGGAUACAAAUACUACAAUCGAGUAGAGAUAUAUUUUAAAUAUUUUUUUUGCAUCGCAAGGAUAUUGAAUUAUGUUCUGAACCGGCUUCUCAAUUUCUUUAGUUAGUAAGCACACACACAAACACACGUAGGAAAGGUACUAAAAUGAAUUGAAAUUUAAUUAGGAAUGAUAUUGUAAACAUGCGCUUUAUAAUACGACUACCGAUGUAUGUAUAUGUCUAAAAUGUAAAUCUAUGUAAAACAUAAGUAUGUACGCUAUUUUGUAAGUAAGAACUCCAAAUAUGUAAAUGAAACACAACUACUUUCGAGUAUUUCCUUUCCGAUUCGCGUAUGAUUUGCUCCCUUUCCCAGAAUGAACAUAAUUUUUAAGUAAACUCAACCAAAUUGGCUUGAUUUUCAACUAGGAAGAGUCUUUAAAUUCGUACGACAUAAAAUAAAGCUUGUAUAUUGAUAGAAAACUGAA